AUGACGGACCAUAAACCACUCCAGUGGCUUUUUAAUUGUAAAGACCCUGGCUCCCGCCUUGUCCGAUGGAGACUUAAAUUAGAAGAAUUUGAGUAUGACAUACUCUAUAAAAAGGGCAAAACCAACACCAACGCUGACGCGUUAUCGCGGUUUCCUGUGAACCCGGUCCAACCUACAGACCCACCAACUUCCAAUCCUCCUAUAGUGAAUCCAAGUCGAAAUCUAGAUGAAGAUCUUAUAGACUUGCUAAUUUCUCCACCUUCCUUUAAUCCAGACGAAGCGAUCUCUCCUCCACUCGAUUUAGCUGAAAAUGCUUCACCAUUACCCUACGUUGAUUUGCCUUCCAACAUUCCAGACACCCUAAGGGAGGAAAUCGAAAAUGAAUCUAUCAACUUACCUCAACCAGAACCUGAACAGAUAACAUCACCUGAAAUCCAAACCGAUAAUGUCCCAUUUCCAUCCACGAGCUCCUCUCCAGACGUACCUGUUGAUGAUUACUCUACUUUCCUUAAAUCUAUGUCGUGCAAAGAUAGGAACUUUAACACGGAAGUGGAAGAGCACAACGAAACUCUUAUGAAGUGUCCCGCGAAGGUAAUCCUGGUCCCAACAUCCAUCGAUUUGAAUGAAUCUAACCCAUACAUUCAGGAAAUAUUAACCGACCCUGAAAUCAUUGCCGAAAUACAUGAGUCCGAGAAAGAACUCUUCUCCUUUAAAAAGAUAGAAACAAAUAAUAAAUGCUAUUAUUUGUUGUUCAUUAAAGUACAUCAUUUCGACGAGGCCUCCUAUCCAGAAAUCUUUCAAACAUUAAAAACAAUCAGGAAUGAAUUAAUAAAUUCCGAGGGAAUUAAAGAACUCGGUAUAUCGGAUCUGAAAAACCCAUUCGAAAAACAUUCCUUCAUUAAAAUAUAUAAUAUUCUAUGCUAUCUCUUUCAUGAUACUCAAAUUAAAAUUAAUAUAAAUCAUAACAAUAUCAUAUAUCCAGCUCCGGCAGAAAUUAAGAAAAUCCUUCUCGAUAAUCAUAAUAUCCCGAUAGCCGGUCAUUUAGGUUCUGUAAGAAUGUACAAUAGAAUAAAACAAUCGUAUUACUGGAAAGGUAUGCGAAGCGAUAUAGAGUCAUAUGUAAAACAAUGUAAAUCAUGCCAGGAAAAUAAAGCACUUAGGAAAACUAACCGUGCUCCAAUGCAGAUUACCAGUACAUCCACAGAACCACGCCAAAGAAUAUCUUUGGACAUCGUCGGUCCACUUCCCGAAGCUGGACCAGCAAAAUUACGUUUUAUUCUCACGAUACAAGACGAUUCAAUUCUCCUGUGCAUAUCCCAUCCGAAGUACCACUGCUGA